CAAGUAAAAGGCGUAAAUAAUUUAUAGUAUUUGAUUCCUCCAUUCUUCAUUCAUUUAUUGUCAGUAUCACCCACUGUCCUCAAAUAUAUCACCAGCCUCUCUCUCUCCCUCCCUGCACAAGAAUAAUGCCUGAAAAAAUAACACCAGAGGACCUUUUGAGCAAUCUGGUAGAGAUAGUUGCCGAUAGUGUUUCUAAGAAGAAAUCUGUCUAUUUUUUUGAGGAAGAGAAGUCAAACUCAGUUGUGUCUCGAUUCAACCGGCUUUUCGGACGCGAGAGGCCUGUCCACCAUAUAUUGGGGGGUGGAAAAUCUGCUGAUGUUUUGUUAUGGAGGAACAAGAAGAUCUCAGCUAGUGUUUUAGCUGGUGCAACAGCAAUUUGGGUUCUAUUUGAAUGGCUUAAUUACCAUUUCCUGACCCUUCUAUGCUUUGCUUUGGUUCUUGGCAUGCUUGCUCAGUUUGUUUGGUCAAAUGCCUUAGGUUUUCUUAACAGGUCAUCUUCUCAAGUGCCACGCCUUGUUUUGCCCGACGAAUUAUUUGUCAGCAUCGGUAGGUCGGUCAGUGCUGAGGUGAACCGGAGCUUACAGUUUCUGCAGGAUGUUUCAUGUCGAGGAAACCUGAAACAAUUUCUUGCGGUUGCAGUAAGCUUGUGGGUUGCUGCUGUUAUUGGAAGCUGGAGCAACUUUUUUACUGUUCUGUACAUUGGUUUUGUUGCAGCUCAUACGUUACCAGUACUGUAUGAGAGGUAUGAUGAGCAAAUAGAUGGGUUUGUUUACGAUAUGUUUGAGCAGCUUCAGAAUCACUAUAAAAAGUUGGAUUCGGGUGUCAAGAGAAAGUUGAAGCUUAAGAAGCAGGACUAGCUAGGUUCAUCUUGUCACCUUUUAGGUACAUUUGAUUCACGGAAUGUAAGAUUAUCAGUAGGAAUAAAAAGUUACCAGU